UAAGGCUUUCAACGGAAGUAGGUUAAAGGAAGAAUGGACAUAAGUUUUUUCACAUUACUCAGUUAUGGAUAAGGUGGGCUAAAGAGCAAAAACAAAAAUACAGCAGUUGUAAGUUCAGAAAGCAAAAACCACGACAGGAUUGAGAAGCAAGAAAUGGCCAUGGCUAUGGCUGCCGCUGCUUCUUCUUUUUUCACUGGCUCUUCACUUCCAAAGAAAGUCGAUGUCAGCUUCUCUCCCCAUCUCUUUCUUACAAAAAAGAUACCAAUGCAAAUGCAGCAAUUGAAAAUUGAAGCUGCAUCAAAGGAAAAAACGAGUAGAGAAAACAGAAUUGCUCGCCACAUUCGGAUCAGGAAGAAGCUUUCAGGCACAACAGAUAGGCCUCGCCUAGCAGUUUUCCGGUCAAGCAAACACCUGUAUUGCCAAGUGAUUGAUGACACCAAGAUGCACACUCUUGCUUCUGCAUCCACCAUGCAAAAACCGUUGUCAGAAGAGAUUGGACUCACCUCUGGGGCAACUGUUGACACUGCAAAGAAAAUAGGUGAAGCAAUAGCCAAAGCUUGCCUUGAGAAAGGUAUUACUAAGGUAGCAUUUGAUCGAGGAGGUUUUGUCUAUCAUGGACGCAUUAAGGCCCUUGCUGAUGCAGCCCGGGAGAAUGGUUUGGAUUUCUGAGUCGGAACAGGGCCUUGCUUUCUUAGGCAUCACUCUGUUAUAGAUCUGGCAACAUUAUCUCCUUCAAGUCUGAAAGAUGUCUGCAUUUUGCAGAUUUCUAUCUCAUCAAGGAAAAAUAUUUAGGUAGCUGCUUUAUCUUUAAGAUUGGUUUGCAGAGCAUUUAGUCAGGGUUAAAUGGGUUUUUUGGCUUAUGGUAACUCAGAGAUGGAUGCUUUAUGCUGUGCUAUGAAGUGCUUUGAUGUUACUUAUGUCUACGGCAAAAUUUAAUGCAACUCUUGUGUUAGCUUUA